UGCGUUACGGAUGAUUUUCCUCCAUCAAAGUGGCAGUAGUGCAAAAGUGUCUCAUCGGACUUUCUCGAUCGUACGUAAGCAUAAUGGCGUAUUGCGACGUGUUUUAAGAUAGGCGAAAUUGUGCAUUAAUUAGGGGAUUCACUUUGUUCUCGGCCUGCGUUAUUCUCGGGGAGUGUUCCUACCAUUAGCUAGUUACAGUUAUUGGUUCCGUUCCGACGGAUGAGUGGGUGAACGUUCGUAGUUUUCGUGCAGUGUUUCCCGUUUGUUCGUUCGGAAGAACGAAAGAAAUUCAAUGCACCUUGUGCUGAAAAGUGGUCUAACCUUUCCGAGUAUAGAUUGGCUUACGUCGACAGUGAUUGCAUAGUUUGUGCAUCAAUCGGUGCACAUUUCAACGUAGGUCUAGAAUGGCUGCCGAUGGUGGAAGGAUGACCGUGGUGGAAAUCAUAAACCACUACCAGAAAAGCAUUGAUAAGUCGCUGAAUGAUAAAGCAAGGUUGCUGCAUUGUAUUGCCAAAUUGUAUCGGUUGCCUAUUUCGGUGCAGCACCUGCAGGAGACCGGAAUCGGGAGAACGGUUAACGGACUGCGCAAGUACGAUGGUGAGGUUGGUGUGGCGGCGAAAGCCCUGGUAACUAAAUGGAAAACGAUGGUCGCUGCCGAAGAAUCCGACGAUGGUGGGGAGCAAGAUGAGAGUCAUGAGGCCCAGGACGAUUCAGGCCACGGUGACGACGGUGAAGAUGAAGACAACUAUGAGGAAUCGCGCCUGGAAGUGGACGAACGGCAGCAGCAACAGGAAAGUGACGCUGAUGAACCACAACAGGAUGAAUCAGACGACCAAGGCGACACCCAUCAGAAUGGGUACGACAGUGAUCAACACACUGCUACCUUUUCGGGUAUACCGGAACAAACUCAAAAACAUGAAUCAACGAGUGAACGUCGUCGUGAUGAUCGAAUUGUUAAAGAAAAUGGAAGCAGUAGUAGUAGCAGUAGUGGUAAUAGUCAUAGAAAAUCAUCCUCAAAAGAUCACAAAGUACGAACGGAUCGUGACAAGGAUCGAUCCGAAGGCAGUGGGCGGGAAAAGGUUAAUCAUCACAGCAGCAGAAAGCAUUCAUCGUCCUCUUCGAGUAAAUCCUCCAGGCAUGGCGACAAAGAUAGGAAAGAUAAGCACAGUAGCAAAACCGAUAGCAGUAGCACCAGGAAAGAUUCUAGUCAGUCUAAAGAAAAAGAAAGCACUCACGGUAGCAGUAAAGAAAAACACACUUCCAACGAAAUACAUCACUCUAGUUCAUCAAAAGAUUGUGUGACAGAAAGUACCAAACGUCGGCGACCGUCUGAUGAAGAAGAUUAUAGUGAGACUAAAAAAGUUAAAAAGGAGAAAUCCAGUGAGAAGCAUAGAUCUAGCGAAAACAGCAGUAGUAAUAGUAAAAAAGAAAAAUCACAGAGUAGCAAGUCUAGCUCCAGCGGAGGAAGCAGUAGGGAAAAAGACAAAAAGAUGUCUUCUAAAAUAAAGAAAGAGUCUAUAAAAAUUAAAAAAGAAGAACUCGACAAUUCUGACGAAGAUGUUGAAGGCUUGGACAGCGCCGGAGGAUCUAGUUUUGCUGAUGCAUUGGCAAUGAUUGGUAUGCCAUCUUCCUCGAAGAAAAAAUCGUCCAACAAGGGAAAUGUGGAUAAAAUUAAAAAAUCGCCAACCAGUAUGCCACCUCCAGCGACCAAGAUUAAGAAAGAGAAAUCCGACAAGAGUAGAGAUAAAUUGUCACCCAGCAGCACCGUUAGUAGCAGUAGCCACAGUAGCUGUUCCUCGACUCCUACCUUGCUGGCACAGAAAAUUAAACUGGAACCGUUGCCGGAGGUGUCCGAGAUAGUUGAAUCUCUGCCGAUGAUCUCUCCGCACUACAAGCCAAUGCCUUUGAAUCAAACCGUUAUGGAGUGUGUGUUUUCUAACAACGGGCGGCCGCAGAAGCGGCAGAUGACCGAGGAGGAAGCACUCGGCCACAGUAUGCAGUCGAAGAAUCUUCGGACGAAAGUUUACUCUGGUGUGAAAAACUCCAAAGAAGGAGUACCGAAACUGUUUGAUUUGUGCAUUCGUUUGCUGCAAGAAAACAUCGAUCUCAUCGACAGUUUUGGUGGUAUACCUUUCGACCUGCUGAAACCGGUCAUUGAACGGGCGACGCCUCAGCAGUUGUUUAACCUGGAACAUUUUAAUCCCUACUUGAUGGAAGACACCGACACACUAUGGGAACUUCAAUGUAAGCGAACGUUCCGGAGCCAGAAACGUAAGGAAGAAGAAUGCGAGUCGUGGCGAGAAAUGUACAUUCGUUGCUCUGAAGAAAGGGAUGCAAAGCUGAAAAGUUUAACCCAGAACAUAAAGCAGUCCAUCGAGGAGAAGAAGGCUCCGGUGCGUAAGACACAGUUGGCCUAUGUCGAUUCUGCGGUAAAGCCACCACGAAACGUACUAAGUAAGCAGGUGAAAUAUGGUACGGAUCGAACACCGGUAGUUUCUCCUGCAGCUCGGGUUGCAGCUCUAAAGAAUGCUACGUCCAAUGUAGCGAAAGCAGGCGAUUCGCGACUAAAGGUUGUUCCCGGGGCGAGAGAUAAUGCUCAAGUUCAAGUUUUUCAGCCAAUGAAACCGAAAAAGGCUCCACUGAUGGCUAAAUUGAUGACUUCUAUAAAGGGAUUUAAAACUGGCUUCAGAAGGUAAACCUGUGAGACCGGAGGGUAGUUCAGAACGUAGGCACGUGUGCCAGGAUUGAACGCCGUUAUACGAUAGGUAUGCUGUGAUGCUGUCUGGGAAGUACAUAAGUUAUCAAUAGAUAAUUUGAAAUUACAACUGAAACCACGUUUCGCUUCCCAUCCUUUUAUAGCAGUACUCUGGAAGUCGCUUCCCAAUUACUGUAAGCUUUUAUUGAAAUUAUGCUUAUUUAUUUUUUAUAGUUUUAAUUAUCCACGUAUACUGCUAUGUGAGCAAUCCAAUAGGCGGUUUAUGCAUUGUGUUUUUGCAUUGGAAAUUGAUUAUUUCUAUAGUUCAUUAGUUGGUAGGUGCACAUUAUUGUAAAUAAUUUUACUGUGUUGACUUAUUCAGUUUAUGUAUACAUAUUGCGAUCCAGGUUCCAUUUUUUGAAAUAAACGAC